CAGGAGCGUGUCCUGUGUGGUUUCCAAGGAGAUGCAAGGGGCUGUCUCGCAGCUCUACCCUGGGGACAGUUUGAGGAAGGUUCCCGUGCAACGUACUAUGUUACUGAAGAUCAAGCGACAAAGAGAAACAGAAGGUAAUGCUCGCCGUUCAACGGCGGGGAAAAACGAGUGAACGAGGCUUAAAUUCUGAUAAGUCGAUGGGAGCGCGUGUGGUUUAAGCGAGCGCGAGGCGCACAGCCUUGUUCUCGUGCUCUGCUGCUUGUGAUUCAGAGGCGUGCGGAGCGCUGCUCACCUCAGAAGCCAAGAGGAACAACGGAACAUCCCCCAGACUCCGGUGCUUGAGGCGACGGCAGUCUGGGUGUGGGACGGUUGGAACAGAGCCAGCUCCCUUCACCGGAGGACGGUCUCGGAGAAGCCGGGGAGCGGAGGGCGCUCGGGCCAGGGCCGGCGGGAGGAGCCGGAGGCGGAAGAGACGGCGACGAAGAUGGGGGUCCGCGUCCUGGCGCUUCUCUCAGAAGGAUGGAGUCUGGGCCUGUGGCAGGGCAGAUGCCGGAUCUGAAGACCAUACCAUGUGACCUCUCCGUGUCGGCCGCCCCCGCCGCCAACCGCAGCAUGGACCUGGAGCGCCGCGUGGCCGAGCUCCCCGCCCCGCUGUCCGUCCUGGGCGGGCCCCUGCCCCUCUACCCCGACGGCGGCCACCAGGGGGCGCCGGGGCAGUGCGCGUUCCACAGCGGCGCCCUGCUGGCCAACCUGGGCCUGCAGUGCUGCCCGAGCGGCGGGGUGUACCCCUCGCUGAAGCGCGCGGCCCCCCCUCCGCCGCCGCCGGGCCCCCCUCCCCCGCCGCUGUGCCUGAACACGGCCAGCGGCCGCCUGUACCGCAGCAUGGAGAACCUGCACUGGGCCGCUCUGCCCGACCCCGGCCUCCUGGCCUUCAGCGCCCCCUACGGGAGCGUGGACAGCGAGCUCAUCUUCCGCUGCACCGCCUCCAGCCGCUGGUACGAGGGCGGGGCCGAGGGCGUGGCCUUCUGCCCCGCCCCUCGGGGGGGGCCGUCGGCCAGGAGGGACCUGCCCCUCCUGCCCCAGUGGCUGUUCCCCGGGGGGGGCGAGGCCGUGCUGAACGGGGCCGCCAGGCGGGGCCUGCGGGAGAAGCUCCGCCUCCAGAGCGUCCGGGCGACGGAGCCCAGCAAGCCCCUGCGCCCCCCGGCCCCGGCCGCCGCCCCCCCCGGGACCCCCGGCGCCCCACCCGCCCAACGGGAGGCCCGGCUCCGCAUCACCAGCCCCGAGGAGAUCAAGCAGGAGGCCCUGAGGAGGCUGCAGCUGCGCCGGCAGAACAGCUCACCCGACCUGACGCUCCGCCCCUCCGACGAGCCCCGCCCCGCCAAGUCCCGCACCGCCGAGGCCCUGGCCCCGCCCGCCCUCCGGAGGCCCCCGGCGGGGCGGCUGCACAUCCCCACGUUCGAGGAGUUCAAGAAGAUGAGGAAGAAGGAGGGUGGGAAUGAGGGGGGGGUGCAGAGCCAGCAGCCCUCAGCCACAGGGGGGCAGAGUGGGGGUGAAACUGGGGGGUCAGAGAGGGAUCAGACUGCGGGUGAUACUGGUGGGGGUGAAGUGGGGAGGGGUGACAGUGGGGUUGGAGCGGGUGGGGUUGGAGUGGGUGGGGGUGAAGCGCGUGGGGUUGGAGCGGGUGGGGUUGGAGCGGGUGGGGAUGGCACUGCAGUUGGAGCAGAUGGGGAACAGGCAGGCAGGGCGGAGAGCACUGACUCAGACUGUGGGCGGAGUAACAGCAUCGCAGAGUGCGACAGGGACAGCAGGAAGGAGGGCCAGCCGGCCAGUCAGGACAGGGGCACAGACGCCUCGGCCGUCCCCAUAUGCACGAGCCCCACGCCCCGCCCCCCUCUGCAGCCUCUGGCCUCGCCCCAAGAGGCGGAGGUGGGCGGGACCGUCUCAAACGCGAAAGACGACGUGUCGGACCUCACCCUCCCCCACCUGCGGGAUGGCUCCCAUGCCCCGCCCACCUGCUGCCCAGCCCUGCUAUUGGACGGCACCGACCUCUCCAGCUACGGGGCCAAGAUCUCCAAGAUGAAGGACGGGCUCCUCGGGUCUGCUCUGGACCUGAUAAAGAAGAGCUGCAGUGCAGAAGUCGCCGCUGAGGCCCCCGUCAGGCUGGCACGUGACCAGGACGGCGCUGACAUCACCCCUCCCCAGCCGGGCCGUCAAUCCACUGCGGUUUCCAUGACGAUGCCGGCCUGCAGCACGGAGGAUCACAACAAGCCUUCCGCCGGAGGAGGCGCGCCCGCCUAUCAGCAGCAACCCAGGGCGUGCUGCAGGCGUUCCAGCUCGGACGCGGCCUACGAGCUCGCCGACUCAGCGAAGGCCCAGCGCGAGUGCCGGCUCCGCCCCCACUUCAGCGACCCCAUGCCGGCCGACACCGCCAAGCGCAAGCAGCUGGAGAUGAAGAUCGCAGCCGUGGCCCGACUGCACAGCCAGCACAGGGACUGGGACGGCUCCAGGGGGCGGCCUGAGCAGGGCGGGGGGGUCGUCGGUGGGGACGUGGGCGCGCGCCUGGCCGUCUCCCAGGCGACGCAGCACCGCUGGAGCAACGUGAGCAGCCUGAGCGCCGACAGCGGCGUGGUGGGCCUGAUGAGCGACGAGCGGGAGGACCGCGAGGACGACGAGGAGCCGGCGCGGGCCCGCCGGAGCGCCGGCGACGUGGAGCGGGCCGACAGCGGCAUCGGCCCGGGGCUGGCGCGCGGCUGGAAGAGGCCGUCGGCCUCCCUGCGGGCCCGCGAGGUCCAGCGGCCCUGCCCGGACUGCGGCCAGCGGGACGCGGGCGGCAUCGGCGGCAUCGGCGGCGGGAUGUGCGAGCGCUGCCUGAAGCAGCGCACGGAGAGGAAGGAGGCCAUCUUGGAGUUCCUGAACACGGAGACAAGCUACGGCGAGGACCUGCGCAUCAUCAAGGAGGAGUUCCUGUGCCCCAUGCAGAGCGCCGGCCUGCUCACCCCCGACCAGCUGGCCGUCGUCUUCGGCAACGUGCAGGAGCUCAUCGACGUCAACGACAAGUUCACCGAGCACCUGCAGGACAGCAUCGAGCAGGCCUUCGACCAGGGCGACGAGGACCUUCAGACCGUGUGCAUCGGGGAGAUCUUCCUGGAGUUUGCCAACAUGCUGCCCGCCUUCCAGACCUACUGCCUCCAGCAGUCUGCCGCGGUCAACAUGCUCAACACGCUGGAGAAGGAGAAGGAGCUGCUGAGGAUCUUUCUGGACGUCUCCCAGAACGACAACACCGCCCUGCGGCGCAUGAACCUGCGCUCCUUCCUCAUGGCGCCCCUGCAGCGGGUCACCAAGUACCCCCUGCUCCUGAGCCGCAUCAGCAAGGCCACGGCCGAGUCCCACCCGGACCACGCCCGCCUGCGGGAGGCCAAGGGCCGCGUGGAGUCCCACCUGGAGCACAUCAACACCAGGACCAAGCAGGAGGGCGCCACCUGGUCGCUGCGCUCCUUCCGGCGGGACAGCCGCCGGAGCCGGGAGGUGGCCAACAUGGAGAUGCGGGAGCUGUGCAUGAGGACGGUGGGCUGGGCCCGGGAGAGCACGCGCUUCGUCAUGGAGGGGCCCCUGCAGAUCUCGCAGCCGGCCGACGGCCAGUGGGUGAAGAAGGGCAGCAAGGCGCUCAAGUUCCAGAACCUGCAGAGCCUGCUGAUGGUGCAGGUGCAGGGGGCCGCCGAGGGCCCCCAAGAGGGCGGCGGCUCCAGGGGGCAGGAGGCCCCCCCGGAGCCCGUUCGGGACGGCGUGCUGGUGCUGAUCAAGGACAAGAGCAGCGGCAAGUUUUCGGUCCUGAGGGAGCCCAUCCGCCUGGGCAACUGCGUGGUGUCGGCCGACCCUGAGUGCGACGACACCUUCGAGGUGCUGGACAUCCGCCGUGACGCGUUCGUCCUCCGCGCGGCUGACAAGUCCCGGACCCAGCAGUGGUUUCGCCAGAUCAAGAGGUACUCCCGAGACCUGGGGCCCUGGAGGAAGAGACGCAACGCACUCCCGAACAUCAUGAUCAGCACGGUCCAGAACCGGUCCUGAGACUGGCCCCUGAGGAACGCCUAAUUCCUCCCCGUCUGAAUUACAUGUGUAAAUAGUGCCCCUUGUCCCCAUGCUAAUGAACAGGACUCCUGUUGUCCUAUUGGCGAGUAUUACAUUAUCUGAACUGCAGAUUCUCUUUGUGUGACAGGAGGUGGAUGCUUUUGAGGACUUAAUAAUGCACUUUGGUUUGGUAUGAAAUACAAGCAAACCGUGAUCUCGGCGACAUCACAGACCAAAAGGACUGGGUUGGGAACUUUACCGGCCUCUGAUUGUAAAAACUGUUCGCUACUAAGGAAGUGUUUUCGGUUCUUAACGGCCAGAUUUCUGUGUUGACGAGCAUGAUUGAAAAUUCUUGAGAGUAAAACAAAAAAGAACGAACUUCACAACAAUGUUAAGGAAAAAAAUGCACAAAUGCAGAGUGUAGAUACCUUAGAGAACUUUGAGGACUGAGACUCCUUUUUUUGUUGUCUGAUCGUGGUUAGUCCACUGCCCUUCUAUUUUUGGCCCCCCUCUUCAACAGCACUGAAGCUCUCUUUGACAGAGAACAGAAGGAAAUGUCAGGUGGACCCGGAGUUCAGCUUCCUUUUAUCACAAUGCUAAAAGCUGGUUUCAGAGCAGCAAUAAUCACUGGCAGUUUGAUGCGGCUCACGUUCUGUUUGUCAUGCCAGGUUUUAUAACUUAAGUGCUAAAGGGAUCAAGCGAUCUGAUCUGGUCUCAUUAACAUCGACAUUGAUCACGGUGACCAACGUGAGCUUAAAUGUGACGAGCUGACUUUUGGGAAUUAUUGAGGAAAACAGUCAAGAUUGAUAUGAAAACAGAGGGGGGUUUAGUCCUUAACACUGAUCCAGCUUUGCGUUCUGUGCCAGUCCAUCGUAAGUUCAGGCAGUUAUGUGAGUCGGGUGGGUUUCAUCACAGUAGGAGGGGUGAGAUUGAAGACAUUUUUUCCUGUUUCACUGGACAGUGAACCGUACAGUGACAAGGACGGAACGUUCUCCUCUUCCAAGUCUUCCUCUGUCACUGUGAGUGCCUUGGGAUUUUAUUUUUCUCUCUUCAGAGAACAGACAGACCCAUCCACCUUCCUCUCUAGCUCUGUCUUUAGACCAUUAAGUCAUGGCUGCAGGCCGUUCCUGUGAUUGAAUGUCCGGGUGGGUAGUUCAAUAAAUAUUAACAGGCAAUAUUUCAUAUUGUGUGUCGGGCUGCUAAAAAUAGUUUGUCUCUCUUCUACUGAAGCUAGAUGUUUGUGGAACUUUUCAACUGUCCUGUGUUACAGUCUUUUUUUAUUUCAAGGAGUUUCCUUUGUGUUUGAAGCACUUUAAAGCAAAGUUACCAACUUCUUUACAUCGUGGAACUGUUUUAAAGACUCACUCCAGUAGAAGUUGCCCUGCCCCAACUGUAACUAGGGUUGCCAGAUGCCUGGUUUUUGACCAAGCUGUCUGCUUUUCAAAUUAUUUGUACAGAUCUGGUUUGUGGUCCCGACCAGACAAUAAAAUGUCUGGUCUGAGUAAUAAUUUGAAAAAAUUGACCGUUAAUUUGUAAUGAAUUUGCAUGUCAACCACCCCCUAGUCCAUGAUCCAUUUCGAUGGCUACCUAGCCUCCCCCUCGGCCCCAGGGUUUGCAAAAGGUUUCCAAUAGUCUGUCCAUUGUUCCAACAGCUCUCCAUCAUGUUUGCAAAUAAGCUUCCAGCUGUGCAUGUUGUCUGGUUUUGACAAUUUGUAUAUCUGGCAACCCUAACUGUAACCCAACCUGCCCUAAACAGUUUAUUCUGCUUUUCCUAUCAGAAAUGGAAAUUGGAUUUUCAGGAGCAUGGAGUGGCUGAUUUGAUAUUUUUCUCCAUUUGGGCAUCAUGAACAGAAAUGAAUAACCAGUACUGAACCCAUGUGGGCUGUUUUUUUCCAUGUAAAUCAAUGUAGGGCCUUCUAGCCAUAAGGAAGAUCAGCCACCAAUCAGGACUCACAUGACUCCCAAAGCACUGUUAUCUGCUUUCAUGGCCUUUAACAGACAAAAUUUUAACAUUCACUGGAGUGGGUCAUUACGGACAACAUUUUCCCAUCAAACUUGUGUUCCGCUUUCAAAUGCUUUACCUGUCCCUGCCAUUUUCCUUCAGAAAUAAUGGUGCUAUGAGAGUAGUUAUUCCAGCUAGUGAUCGUUAUCAGGUCAGGCAAUACUUAACGAACAAGCGAAGCUCCCUGUGGAUGUGUUUCCUGUGGAAGCAGGUUCUCAUAGAAGCACAGGGACGCAGCUGGCUUUAAACAAGGAAAUCACUGUGUUUUUAAGACUGUGUGAAGGUAAUGGGUCAAGGCCUCUGUACGUUUUACUGAGUGUAGCACCUCCUGCUGGAUUUAGCCAGUACUGUUAGAAUUCUUUAUGCUUCCUGCGGACUGAGGGGUAAUUAAGUAUGGGACGUGCGUCAUUGCAUUUCCACGUAGAACCCAGAGGAGCUCCACCAAACAAAGAGUACACUGAAAUAGAGGGAAGAAUGCCAACAUACAUGGAUACACAUCCAUACUUCCUGGAUUCAUUCGUUUCUAGGAGGUACACCCAGGCGCUUAUCUGCAAUUGGCUUUGUUCUAUUUGUCGUUACCAAUAUAUUGAGACUGGUGAAGAGCUCCAUUGUGGCUUCUAUGCGAAGUGACAACGUCAAGGUCCGUAUUUCAUUACCUCGUAUUACUCUAACAGAGGACAUUAAUGUGGGAAUUUCUGGAAACACCUAAUCUGAAAGGACCCUUACAAUUUAAACCACCAGACUGUCAAAACUUUUUUUCUGUAUUCUGAAGUAUAUUGAUUCAUAUUUAUUUCCUUUGUGUGAGAUGUUAAAUAUGUAUAAAAAAUGAAAAUGUAAAGGAUUAAUCUCGUCAGAGCCUUCAUGCACUUUCAGUUCUUUGUGAAAGCUCUCGCUCGAUUGGUCUGGCCCUGAACAAUGUCCUUGGGGAAGGUCACCCAACAUACCCAUCUCAAAUGUUGUCUGGUUGUUGUCCUAUUUAACACAGGCUGUAGUUGCAGCUGUACUCCAUCAAAGAAUGUAAUAUGAAUUUGCCAAAUAAUUUGUUUCAAAAAAGAAAAAAAAACAAACUGGACUUUUUUUGUUGUAAUGACAUUGGCUUUAGGUAUCAUUCAGUAAUUCAAUAGGUUUAACAAUAUUUAUUUAUUGGUUUCAUUCAAACAUGACUGGUCGUAAUAAACUAGUCCAAACCACAAGUACACGUUAUUGCUGACAACAAAGGUAAAAAAAAAA